CCAGCCGUCAAUACACAAACAUCAUAGAUGUAUAACAUUGUCCACGGUUUUAAUAGAUACGUUACCUGUAUAUUCUGGCCAAUCUAUUUAUAGACCCAAUUAUCAGACUGUGCAUUCUCUUAUUCUUCUUUAAAGUAACUAUGAGUUCGUCGACUGCAGUGCUGCUGGAAACGGUCAACUUCGCUGCAGAGAAACAUCGUAAUCAGCGCCGUAAGGAUCCUGAUGCCACACCAUAUAUCAAUCACCCUAUAGGGGUGGCAAGGAUUUUAAGUUAUGAGGGUGGAAUCACAGAUAUCGAAGUUUUACAAGCAGCAUUGCUUCAUGACACAGUAGAGGACACUGACACAACUUUUGAUGAGCUGGAGUCUGUGUUUGGAACCACAGUGGCAAGAAUUGUCCAGGAGGUGACAGACGACAAGUCGCUGCCAAAAGAGGAAAGAAAACGCCUGCAAGUGGUGCAUGCGCCACAUCGCAGUCAUCAGGCCAAGCUAGUUAAACUAGCUGACAAGUUGUAUAAUUUACGGGACCUCAAUCGUUGCACUCCCACAAGUUGGACGGCAGAAAGGGUUCAAGAAUACUUUGUAUGGGCAUCUCAGGUGGCAAAAGGGCUUCGUGGCACCAAUCCAGCUCUUGAGGAAAAAAUGCAGCAGCUGUUUUUGGAGAGAGGAGUGCAGUUCUGAUGUGUUUUUGAUGCAACUGAUCAUCAUGGAAUGCUCUUUAACCUAAAGGAACAGUUCAGCAAAAAUUAUCAUUCUGUCACCAUUACCUGCCCUGAUGUUGCUCCAAACCUGUAUGAGAUUCUUGUGUAU